AUGCGUCAAGAAGCGUUGAAUCAUUGUGAUGUGUCGAGGAAAAAGUUGCAGGCUUUGUCUCUCCAGAAUACGAGCCAUUUAUUCUAUGAGGCGCUCAAAGAGGAAGCGUUUUGUCCUGUCAAAGUUCGAGUCGGCGGCGUCGGCGACAGCGGCAAAGUGAGUUGCGAUCCGAGAAUGGCGAGGAACGGGUGCACGUGAGUUAGGCCACGGCCUGGGCGUGGAAAAAGUUCGUCCACCUCUCACAGCAUGUUUGCAGAAUGAUGUCGUUGGGGCUGAAUGAUCAAAUUCAAUACGACGAAGAGAUUCAGUCGAUGACCUCGAAUCGGUGUAAAAUUGUUGGAGCCGAUAUGGCGAAGCAGAACGAUACGACGCAGAAAAAGUACAAAACGAUGAGGGGCCAACUUUUUGUGGGAAGAGUUCCGGACACUCUCAAGCUUUGUAAGAUCUGCUGACUUGCUGACACAGUGACCUAUUUUCAGUCCGAAUGAUGAUCGACUCCGACUCGAAAGAAAUCGAAAUUCUCAAAAUCGACAUAGAGAGUUCGGAACACGAAGCGCUGGAGCCGUUCCUCAAAAACUAUUUCGUCUGUCAAAUCCUCAUCGAAAUUCACGGAUAUCCGGCAAAACAGUUGGAGAUGUUGCAGAAGAUUUCCAGGUUUCCACGACGCCAGGGCUGGGCAAAUGGCCAAUGAAAAGCCGUGGACGGGCUAGUUGCAAGCGCGCUCCACUGAAAAAAAAGCCUUGGCUGGCCAAUCGUACGGUAAGCAAUUCGGUUCACUGAGCGGUGUUUGCACACAAAGCAUUUUAAAUAAAGAAAAAACGUUUUUUCACUUCAUGAUCAAAUAUUUUCACAGAAAAAUGCUCAAUUCGAUGAAUUCGAUUCAUAACGUUGUUCCCAUCCAUUUUUUUCGUUCGUUUCGUUCUCAUGAAUCUCGUUUUCAUUAAUUCUGUCGUUCUCUUAUUUUUCUCUUCACUUCUGCUAAUUUUCGAAAUUUGUCAGCUUUCAUUUCAUCGAAAUUUAACUCAUUUAAUUUCUUUUCACCUUUUUUCUACUUUCAAGCCUGUCUUCUUCUCCUUUCAAAAUAAUUUCUUCGAUUUUGUCGUCAUUUAAUUUUAUUUGCGUGCAAACACCGCGCAGUGAACCGAAUUGCUUACCGUACCAUUGGCCGGCCAAGGCCGGCCAAUGUUUUGCCUAGCCCUGCACGACGCAAAAAAAAAGAACAAAGUGAACUUGAAGAGUUUCAGACAAGGCUUCCGAAUGUUCAAUUUCGAGCCGAACCCGGCGUGUCGAGUGUGUUGCGAGUACAGUUUCAUCAACGAAAUGUGCAUGCAUCGGUAUCAGGUGACGCCGCUGGCGAUCACAAUUCCAACCUGA